ACUACUAUAAACUGCAGCAUUGUGUUCAAAGGUUUAUCCUUUUUUGUUUUUCCGGCGGUGGUGAUCGUCGGAAGUGAUGUGAUGUACCGGAAAGUGGUUGUGGGAUGAGAGCUGGGGACAGAUGAGGAGAGUAAAGGAGGGUUUUUUUUUUUUGAAUGAAUUGAAUCCAGCUUUUGGGGAUGAGGGCUUUUGUAUUUAAUGCUGAAACCAAUUCUAUUUAUUAGGCCAGAACAGAAGGCAGACCUUCCUGUUCUAACUCUCUUGUUUUUGACUGAUCUCUCUUUGGUUUCUUACCCCCAAGUUCAUCUGUCAUCAAACUCUGUUAAUUUUGGGGUGGGAUUCCCUUUGAUUGUUUUAAUAAAUCAGCUUUAAUUCAACUGCGGAAUGUUUGCUCCACCUUAAUUAGUUAGUUCUGAACUGAGGAAGAGGAAGCUGUUAUAUUUCUGAGGAUCAUCAGAUUAGAGGCCAAUUCUUGAAAAUAUCCUUGCAGUAGCUUUGAAGCUUUCAUCUGUACAAUUGCAUCUAUGUAAACAUGAAACUUGAGAGGGAACCGGUGUUUGGCCAAUUAAGUUUAACCCACAAGCCUGAUUUUAAGCCUUUUGAUCAUAAAGAGAUUACUCAGAAUUCUGGGGGAUUACAGUCAGGAAGUUGGAUUGGAAAGGAAAGUCAGAACAGGGUUUUGUUUGGUUUGAAGGACAAUGAGGAAGUUCCUGGUCAAAAUGAUGCAACUGACUUGACUGCAACAAAAUUUGAUUGCUCAAAAAGUGUGGAUGAUUUGAGUACCUGUGAUGAACGUGAAAUCAAAAGUUUUGUGCCUGAAAAUUUAGAAUCUUUAGAGAAGCAAUCAGAUUAUUAUAUGGACAAAAGUGUCACAGAUUACGACUUGCCGGAACAGAUAGUUUGUUAUAAGGAGAGUAGUUGCAAUACUAUCAAGGAUAUCUGCAUUGAUGAGGGAGUGCCUUCCCAAGAAAAAAACUGGUUUGAGACCAACGUGGAUGAGAAGGCAUUUUGCAAUUAUUUGUCACCUGAUGACGAUCAGAAAAAGCCAUUGGUUCAUCAGCAAAUGGACAUUAUUACGACCAUUCCUGACGAUUUCAAGUCUUCUGCACAAAAAGAUGAUGUAGAGAAGGAUUUAGUCAUGCCUUGUGAUGCCAAGGAUCUGAUGCAGAUACACAAGACAAUGUAUGAUGAUUCAGAAAAAAUUACAAUCGAUGGCCUACGUUCCCCAGAAAAUGAGUUGUCAAUGCAUGACUUGCAAACACAGAAUGUGAGCUCCAAGUCUUCUAGUAAGGCUAGCAGUGAAGCUGAACAAGACACUGUUCAGAUAUUGAAUGAUAAGGAAAGUGAAAUAGCACAAACUCACAGCAGUGCUUUGGAUUCAGCAACAGAAGAAUUUCAUGAAAUUGAGAAUGGAGCCUAUGGUCAUGUUGAUGAGUCAUCUGACAGUAAUAAAGUGGAUAAUAACAUCAUUACUGUUGGUUUGGACCGUUCAGCACCUGUAUCGAUUAGUAGAUUCCCAAACCUGGAUCCUAUCUCUUCCACUGAACGAUCAAACUGUCUUGUUGAUGAGUUGUCCAACAAUGUUAAAGCAGACAGAGGAAGCAGCAUUUGUGGCUCAAACUGUUCAGAAAUUACCAGAGAUGCCUGUCCCCAUAACGGGUUCAGCGAACAUCUUGAUACUCAAUAUAUGGCUGAAGUUGAUAGUAGUGACAUAUGUGAAACAAAAGUAAUAUCAAGCCAAGUUCAGCCUUGUUCAAUACCUGUGACUAUUUCCAGAGAGGAUCUUCCUGAAGAUGGCGCGUGUCAACGUCCUGAAACUUCAAAAACGUCCAUGGUUGAUGAGGGCAUUUCUAAUUCAGAGAUUGUUUCUAGCCAAGUUCAACAUUCUGUAGUCCCUUCAACUAUUGCCGGAGACGAAUGUCCUAAAGAUGAGAAUUAUACAGCACAGGAUGUUCCAGUCCAAGCUCAAUGUGAGCUGGGAGAGUCUAGUUUCUCUGCAGGAGUUCCUUUCGGGACUCUAAUAAAUUUGAAGGAACCAGUACCUUCUUCUGAUACACACAAUGCUUCGGGUGAAGUGCAACAUGAUCAAGGGGAGUCAAGUUUCUCUGCAGUUGGUAACUCGUUGAGUCUAAUAAAUAGUUCGGGACCAAUACCAUAUUCUGAUUCAGAAAGAUUCCUUGUUCAACGUGAUCUGGGAGAUUCGAGUUUUGCUGCAACAGGUCAUGUCUCAAGUCUUAUAAACAAUUCGGGACCGAUACUUUAUUCUGGCAGUAUCUCCCUUCGAUCAGAUAGCAGCGCAACCAGCACCCGCUCAUUUGCGUUCCCUGUUAUGCAUCCGCAUGAACCAUUCAGCAGUCCAGUGAGAAUGGCAAAAGCUGACCGGAGGCUUUUGCGUAAACAUAGGGGUUGGAAGCAGGGUAUUUUCUGCUGUAGGUUCUGAAUAUAUGCAGCCUAAAUAUAUUUAUCGUCGAUACAUACAUCAUGCGCUCUGUCUUGGGAUGUAAUUUGCAGUAGGACUGUAGGAGUUCAUGCGUGCACUCUAAGGAGUGAGCAGUAUCUUAUAAUUUUUUUUUCAUU